AUGUACUCCUCCGCAAAUACAUCGUCUUUCCCUCAGUUCCGUCGAUUUCCCAAAGAAAUCCGUCUUUUCGUCUGGGAACGUGCGAUUCCUGAGCCUCGUAUCGUUCACAUCGUUCAAGAUCCAGUCACACGAGCAAUGAAAUCAUACACUUCGAUCCCUGAGAUCCUCCGCGUCAAUCAUGAAUCGUUCUCUGUCGCUUCAAAACAAUACCACCGCGCGUUUCGCUGCUGCAAACCUGGACAGGACCAACCGGAUGAAGAUACAUCUUAUGUAUGGUUCGACUUUGAACGGGACUUUCUACUGAUUGAUUACGACAUGGCUGGCGAGCUUUGGCCGUCGUCAGAGGAUUGGCUUGCGAUUAGUACGAAUCCUCUUCGUUACAGUUCAGUAAGAUGGUUCCCGGAUUACGAGGUGAAGCGCAUCAGAAACCUAGCUUGGUAUACGAAGCCAUCCUAUGUUACUGAGGAUGAACAUAUCUGGAGACUUUUUACUGGAUUGAGAAAAUGGUUUCUGGUCCAAGAACUUAUGGGUUCUGGAAUCGUUUUAGAGCCACGCAACAUCCACAGCUCAGAAGAUUCUAUUCGUAAGAUUAGACAGUACCAUCUUAUGCCUUCAUACGACUUAUCGUUCUGGGAUGUAUGUGGCGAAGAAGAUGUCAAUUUUGGGGCAUGUAUGAGGUUAUUCGACAUAGCCAAGAAGGCGUAUCGACCUAUGUUAGGACCUCGAGAACUUCUUCGUCAUCCGAGUACUCCCUCAAUGCGCGUAAGACAGGCACUUGAAUUUUGCAUGAAUCGUUCGCAUCUCAAUAACGCACCUCUACCUGAGAUCACAUACAAAUUCAUGAUUAGCCCCAGCUUAAAAAACAAGUUCAAGGAGGAAAAACUACGCUAUGAGGCGCACAUCUUGCAGAACAUCCAGAAUCACGAAGAACACAAGGCUGAAAAUUGCAAUUGCGAUAUGACAGGCCAAUACUGGCGCAGCGAAAUGAGAAUUAUGGCACGCCAUCUCGAUACACCUCGGCCGCUGACGCGAGGUAAUGCAAGAACUCUAAUUAACAAGUCAAGAAGAAGCUGUGCUACCGAAGAUUUCUCUAUUUUGGCUACUCGUGGAAAGAAGCAUAUUUUGAGUAUUUAG